AUGCAGCAGCAGCAGCAAGGUCUCGACAUACAAAAUCUGCAGCGGGAGGUGAAGACGCGAUGGCUCAAGCCCAGAGAGGUUCUCGACAUAUUGCGGAACUGCGAGCUGUUCGGGAUCCAAAACAGGACCCCUCAGAGGCCACCGAGUGGUUCUUGGUUCCUUUUCAACCGUAGGGUACAUCGGUUCUUCCGGAAUGAUGGGUAUCAAUGGCAAAAAAAGAGGAAUGGGAAGAGUGGUAACGAAGCACACGAGUACCUUAAGGUUGACAAUGUAAAGGCACUGAAUUGCUACUAUGCUCGUGCAGAAAAUAACCCUACAUUCAUGAGGCGGAUAUAUUGGAUGCUUGAACCGGCUUAUGAGCACAUUGUUCUUGUCCACUAUAGAGAUGUGCUAGAGGGCAGCAUUUCAGUAUCAGCACUAAACGGUUCACCAACAUCCUAUCAGAAUGGCAGUGCUAGCAGAGCGGAUGCACAUAGUUCACCGGGGUUGACAAGUGAGAUAAUUGCGCCACGUCUCCUCUGCGCAGCCCAGGAUCCGCGGAAGAAGUUGAGUCUGGAAAACAAGGAACGUCAUGAUGUUACUGGCGAGAUUCUGCCAAAUCAUGAUCCUAAUCCUAUUCCUGGGAUCCAGAAUGAAGAAUUCGACACAGGUACAAACCUUGCAGAUAUCUUUUAUGAACUGGAGGAGUUUAGUGAAGACAACCGUACUGAAGGAAGCCAACCUUAUCGCGAUCCUAUUGAUGUCAUAAGAAAUUCAGCAUGGUUGGAAGAGGACCAGCUUAAUUCUUUUCUGCAUUCACCUCCUGUGACAGUUGAUGAAAACCAAUGGUUCCAUAUUUAUGAGGUUUCUCCAGAAUGGGCAUUUUGUUCUGAAAGUGCUAAGGUUGUCAUUGCAGGAGACUUCCCCUCCAAUAUUUUAUGGGUACUAUUUGGUGAUGUUAAGGUACCUGCGGAAAUUGUCCAGCAAGGUGUCAUCCGUUGUUAUACUCCAUCAUACCUUGGUGCUGGAAAGGUGAGAAUGUGCAUGCUCGAUGAGAAUGGGAAACCUUGCACUGAAGCUCGAGAAUUUGGAUUUGUUGAAAAGCCUACCAACACAAUGAUUAUUGGGAACGGGAAACCCUGCAGUGAAGCACGAGAAUUUGAAUUCCAACAGAGGCCUACCAAAAGUGACAAUGAGCUGUUGUUGCUUCUUAACUAUGUGCAGAUGCUUUUUGAUAGUCAUGGCUGUGAACUCUUCUCAAAGUUCAGGUCGCCACUCCCAAAUGUCCAGUCUGGAUUCCCAGUUAACCCCUCAGAGAUUAUAGGGAGAACAUGUGAGCAGUUGGACCAUGAGAAUGCAGUAAAUUGCAUCAUGGAAGUGAUGCUUAACAGUAAGUUCGAGGACUGGCUAUCAUCCAAAUUUGAACAGAACAGUGAAGGGGUGUAUUUGCUUCCUAAGCAAUACCAUGGUGUUAUACAUACAAUUGCUGCACUGGGAUACGACUGGGCUCUGAAACCGCUGCUUAAUAAUGGCGUGCCUAUAAACUACCGUGAUGCAAAUGGAUGGACCGCUCUGCAUUGGGCUGCACGAUUCGGAAGGCAACAAAUGGUAGCGGUUCUUGUUGCUGCAGGCGCUGCUGUAGGUGCACUUUCAGAUCCAACAGCGGAAGACCCUGCUGCCAAGACACCUGCUUCGAUAGCGUCUGCAUAUGGUUUCAUAGGCAUCUCUGCAUUCCUUUCAGAAGCAGAACUAACCAGUACCUUUCAUUCUCUGGAAUCACAAGAAAAUGGGAAACCCGUAGAUCAUAAUGGUGGAGUGAGUACAUCUAGUGCCGUGGAUAGAGUAUCAGAUAAAUGCGCACAUAUGGAUGGUGGAACUGAUGACCAGCUUGCACUGAAGGAUUCUUUAGGAGCUAUCCGAAAUGCUGUUCAAGCUGCCGGGUGCAUACAAGCUACCUUCCGUGUGUUUUCCUUAAAAAAGAAGAAACAAAAGGCUCUUCAGAAUGGAGAUAGCUCUGCUUCGCCAUCUAUGCUCGAAAGAGCUGCAUUAUCUAUCCAGAAGAACUUCAGGUGCUGGAAGAAACGUAAGGAAUAUCAGAAAGUUCGGAAAAAUGUCAUCAAGAUUCAGGCACGGUUCAGAGCUCACCGAGAAAGAAACAAGUACAAGGAGUUACUUCAAAGUGUUGGCAUCCUUGAGAAGAUCAUGCUGAGGUGGUUCCGAAAAGGCGUUGGUCUGCGAGGAAUCAAUAGCAGGGCGAUGCCAAUCGACCAAGACGAGGAAGAAGACAUUGUCAAGGUUUUCCGCAAGGAAAGAGUGGAGACAGCUGUCAGUGAGGCUGUUUCGAGGGUAUCGGCUAUCGUCGGUUGCCCUGUCGCAAGGCUGGACUACCGCAGGAUGCUCGAAAUGCACCAACAAGCAAAGAUUGGCCAUGGAAAGUAG